CAAAUCCACGUUCUCACGCCACCCACCCCGAACCAGAUCGAUCUAGAUCAAGAGUUCUAACACAGAAUGUUCACUCCACUCCCCACCAACCCGUCCAUCAUCGUCCUCUGCCGGAGAUGCCUGGCCGACUCGCUGCGCGGCGGCCCCGUCCAGGCAACACCCGGGCCGCUGCCGCCGCAGCCUACCGCUCCUCGGUGGCAGCCUCCUCCUCGGUCCUGCCCGACGAGCUUGACCGGAGCUCCGACGCCUACGCCUGCAACGCCGCCGCAGUCGGCGGCCUCCUCUCCGACCUGCGCUCCCGCGUCUCCCAGAUCAUUUUGGGGCUCCAGAACUUCGACAGGUCCAAUGUUGCGUCUGUCGUCACGGCUGCGGAUAAGCAUGUCCCUAAAACAAAUGGAGACAUUCCUUCUUUUGAUGAAGCCUUUUCAGAUCACCGAAGACUUCUUGACAGGUUGGUGUUGUAUGUCCUGGUUGAGCUCAAGGGUAACGGAGAUGGCAAUUGUCAGGGUUCUGGUGGCGACGUCGACGGUCGUCAAGAGGUUCGUGGACUGGACGGUGGCGUGGUUGUCGAUGUAUUCGCCUCGCUCCUCCUCCUCUACCUCUGGCACCCGAGCACACGGCGUGCGGGGCAUUUGUACAUGGCUUCAUCCGCCCUCUAGUGGCAAGACACGAGGACGACAUCGACUGGGGCCAGCUGGAACCAAGGGCUAGGGAGAGGGACAUGAUGGCAUCACAAGUCACGACGGCGGCUACCUUCGGUCAGGUGUGGCUUGCUGAGGCUGCCCGAUGUGUAAUAUCAGUAGAGCUUACUUAGGUAGUUGCUUACCAAGUUGCUACGCACAACACUGUGUGAUUUGAAUUAUACAUGAGUUGCCGUUACAAUGAGGAA